AUGGAAUUUUCAAAACAAAGUCCUAACAACGAUGAAAAAUUGAAUUCAUAUAUUGUAAAGCCACAAUUUGAUCAGAAAUUCCGCCCCUGGGCAGUAAGAAGCAUCAUUUCUCAGUUACUAAAGGAACGGCUGGAAAGGGAAGUAUACUCUCCUGAGAACACUCAUGAAAAGUGCAUUUCCCUGGCUGAUGAAAUCAAACGCUUAUUAAGGAAAAGUCUAUCUUUGCGACGUUAUAGAUACUUGGUCCAAGUCAUCAUUGGCGAAAAGAAAGGUCAAGGAGUGAAAAUGGCACGCCGCUGCUAUUGGGACUCUGAUACUGAUAACUGUGCAGAUGCUUCAUUUGUAAAUGAUUCGUUGUUCUGUGUUGCCUCGGUUUUUGGUGUUUAUAGCUACUAAGUAUAUGAGUGUUGCACUUCAAAAAGUGUCUUAAAAUAUUUUAUGAAUUUCCAAUUAGGCAUUAAUGAUUUUUUUUAAAAAGAGAAUACCGGUAAUUUUGUAAGUCAUGGUAAAAGGAUGGAAAAGUUGCCCUUAGUGAUAAGCGUCUUUCACCAAAAAGCAAGUAACUGGGUCGAGCCAAUAAGCACCAACGAACAUAUCCGCAAUAUGAACAUUGAAGCAUUUGCCUCUCAGCACAAUUGAAUAUCUUUGGAUGAUGUUCAUGUCGCAGAUUUUUAAAUACAAACCGCUUCAACAAAUAUGAAAUAUAUAUUACAGAAAUGU